AUGUGGCGCAACUGGUUGUCGAAAUCACCGACACCAUCUCAGCACGCUGAUGAAAGGGCCCGAUCCGCAACACUGCCCAGAGCACAAACUCAAACCACUUCCGGAUCCCCUCCUCGAUCUUCCAGUUCAAAGCCCUCCAGAGAGUCAUCGGCCACACGAAAGAAGGGUCCUUUCGACUUCCUCCGGCCUACGCGCUGGCGAACACUUUCUCGAUCGAGGAGAUCCUCCCCACAGCCAACUCAAUCUGUCGCCAGCGAAGAUGCUUGCCAAAAAGACAGUAGCGGAUCGACAACUCCUACGAAUACCGAGACUAGACCCUCUGGCCUCCCUCUCUGCUCCCAGGACACCAUCUCGCUUGCAACGGACCCGGGGGAGCCUACACCCAAGUCAGAGGACGCGAACAAGUCCCUAAAGGCUGCUCUCACAGCAAACCAAAAUACAGUGACUGGCGUCACCCCAUCCCAGAGUCACGUAUCCAAAAGACUGAGCCGGAAAGAUUUGAGCAGAGAACAAACCCGACAGCACACCUUAAGGCCUUCAUUUUUCCAUUUUGCCAAAAAGACCACCGAAAAUACCCACGGCCAGACGGUGAGUCACCCUGUUAGGUCAGUUUUCACGUCUAGAGGUGAUUAUUAA